AGUAUAUACGGGGCACAACGAUAUAUAAGCGACUGUAUUUCCGUGAUGGGGUGGCUCAUCUUCACUCGAAAGCGUCUUCGAUUUUUUUUUUCCCAUAUUGCAUUGCGGGUUUUUUUCUACUUCCUCUUUCCGCCAUAUUGCAGAACCGGCAUCAUGGUGCGCAUGAACGUUCUCGCGGAUGCCCUGAAGUGCAUCAACAAUGCAGAGAAGCGUGGGAAACGCCAGGUCCUCAUCAGGCCCUGCUCCAAGGUUAUUGUGCGCUUCCUCACCGUCAUGAUGAAGCACGGUUACAUUGGUGAGUUUGAGAUCAUCGAUGACCAUAGAGCUGGAAAAAUUGUCGUCAAUCUCACGGGCAGGCUGAACAAGUGUGGUGUGAUCAGUCCUCGUUUUGAUCUCCAACUCAAGGACCUGGAGAAGUGGCAGAACAACCUGCUGCCCUCAAGACAGUUUGGAUACAUUGUGCUGACCACCUCAGCUGGCAUCAUGGACCAUGAAGAGGCCAGACGAAAACACACAGGAGGCAAAAUCCUUGGAUUCUUUUUCUAAAAUGUAACAAACUGCAAAUAAAAAAACCAACCAGGGAAAAACU